AUCAACACUCAAAUAGGAAUUUUCCCUACUAGCAGCUGGAAGCUGAAGAUGAAGUUUACACAACAACAAAAAAGCCAAUCACUUUAGUCCAACCCCAAACUUUGGAAUCUCACCUUUCCGAUUCAUUUAUUAACUUUUCGUGCAAAAAAAUCAACCACACAUUGAAAGCCACUCUGUUUUUAUUGGGAAUUCCAAAUAAAAACCAAAUCUCUCUGGGGAAAAUCCCAUCUCAAAAAACACCUACACACACACAAUUCAAACCUUUCUUAAUUUCCUCGCCAAUUUAAAAAUCAAUUCCCAAGAUUCUCCCUUCUGUCAGAGAAAUCAAACUCCAUGAAAAUAGAAUCGUCUUCUCCAAACAGGGGAGAAACAGAGUCAAAGAAGAAACUGAAGAAGAGUAGAUCCAUUAAGCUAUCCAGAAUGUCAACCACAAACCCAUCUGGGAAAUGGGCAAAAACCCGGCUGGUUCAACCAGUUGACUCGGUCAGUGAUGAUGCAAGCUCGGAAAACCCAACUCAAAUUGAGUUCUCCUCCACUCCAUCUCCAACCCAUUUGAAGGAAACCAGCAACUCUGAAUCCAGUUUUGAAAGAAACAAUUCGCAGGAAGAAAAGGAAUCGGAUCCCUGGAAUCCAAAUACCGUUUCUUUCCCGUACGCAAAGCCAUUGGGAAACCCAAGAAAGGUGCUUAGUUUGAAGUCAAAUAGGCCAUUGAAGAAGAAGAGCUCGAGAAUUGCUCUGUUUUCGAACUUUGCUGAUGCUUAUGUUAUGCCCCACCGGGACGGAAACGAAUCCGAUCGGGCCUCCGUCGGUUCGUCGUCUGGCUCGAACCAGGAGAGGGGAAAGAGGAGAGGAGCUGAAACUCAGAAGGAGCUGAAGCCGAAGAGCAAAUUUGGUACAUCAAGAUUCGAUCACCACCCAUCUCCCAGUUCUUUGAAGGCAACAAGCACUUCCGAGGGGAAAAAGAUGCAUUCACGGGCAAGUUUACUUGAUUCUGAAUCUAGUAAUGGAGGUGGUACUACUAGUUUGAAGACUUUGAAAAGAACACCCAGUUUGAGACCUCUAAGGAUUCUAAUGAACAAGUCUAGUUUCAAAUCCAAGAAGCCUUCAGUAGUGAAGAACUGCGCCCAAAUUCCCGAAGUCUCGAGUGUUAACAAAGCCACGUGCUCGUCGGCUCUCAAGAGCUCGAGAGUCUCUCAGAGCGUGGAGGAGAGAGAGCGCGAAAGAGGUUCGGCGGCGGCGAAGGUCUGCCCGUACAACUACUGCUCCCUCCACGGGCAUAACCAUUCCUCCGCCGCGCCUCCAUUGAAGCGGGUGUUAUCGAAGAGGAGGCGUCCGUUGAAGACCCAGAAGAGCAUGAGGCCGAGGCGGCAAUCCUCGAUGAGAGGGAAAUAUCCCGGUGAUAUAAUGGAGUUGCUUGAAGCAAGCCGAGCGGUCAUCUUCAUAGGGAAAGAGGUGGAUUCUGAUUUGUCCGUACAAAUCUACGCCUCGCCGAGAAUGGAGUUUUUGGGAAGAUCCAGCAAAGGAAACAAAGAUGACAAUGUAGCUGAGCUUGUUUUGGGCGAGGCAUCGUACUCUGAGAGAGGUUUUCAGGGAAAUCUCAAUGGAGAUAGAGAUUUCGUUCCGGGUGAACCAGAAGGUCCACCAGUAACGAAAUCUACGAUGGGAAAUUCUGAAUCCAAUUCCACUACCGAUGAAGUACAAAAAUCCCACAUUCAUACAAGGAACCGUAGUAGCUUGUGGCGCCUGGUACACCAACAUAUCGAAAACCAGCUACUUGAGGGAAAACAUGAGGAAAAGCAGUGGGAUGAGGCCAACGUAGAUUCGUAUCGGGAUACGAGUGUUGGAAACCGCGAUCAAGAUGAUCAAGAGAUUGAAAUCCGGAAGACGUAUGCAACCAAGGUGGUGAGAGAAGCAAUUGAGAAGAUCCUACUUCCGGAAGUUGAAGACCAGUCGUCUGAUGACCGGUCGGUUACUUGUGAUUUCGGUCCCGAACAAGAGAUCUUGGAUGACAACCUUGGUGAAGGUGAGAAACUAAGCAUUUCAAACUCGACAGGGGCGACGAAUGAGGGAGAAAAAAUGCAGAAAAAGAAAGCACCCAACAGCUGGAGUAAUCUAAAGAAGUUGAUCAUUCUUAAGAGAUUUGUCAAGGCACUGGAAAAGGUGCGAAAAUAUGACCCACAGAAGGCUCAGCAUUUGCCCUCGGAGCCUAGCCCAGAAGCAGAAAAGAAUCAUCUGAAGCCUCGAAUGAUCGAUCGGAAGAGAAGUUCUGAGGAGUGGAUGCUAGACUAUGCACUUCAACAGGCAGUGAGUGAACUGGCUCCAACUCAGAAAAGGAAGGUGGAACUGCUUAUAAGGGCCUUCGAAACAAUGGCUCCAUCAUCAGAUGAAGAGCAGAUUCAGCUGAAAAUUGAGAAGAGACUUGAUGUACCUGUGGAUGGAAAACAAGACGAUUCUGCUCGAACUGGCCAAACUGCAGAUGGUAGUGACAAGAUUACCUCUUCAACCACAGACAACAAAGAGUCCACCCUCACUGAUUUGUGCAACGAAGACGAUCCAGAAUCAAAUAGAGAAAAGUUGGAAGUGGGUGAAUUCACUAUUGCAACAAAGAGAACAACUACAGAUGAUAGUGCCAAAGCAGCAGCAGAAAACAUCAUGACUUCUUCUGCUCGUGGUUGUGGCCCUAUCGAGGAACUCACUGAAGCGGAAGAACAGAAGGACAGAGACUCUGAGCCAGACAAUGAAUCAAUUCAACAAUUUCAUCGAGUCAAUGAUACUGAACCUGAUAAUAGCAGUCACGAAGCAUACAAAACCGAGCUUGAGAAAGAGAAGCAUGUAAGCAUGUGGCAUUUGAUCCAUCAACAUAUGGUAGAAGGCCUUUCUGUGGAAGGCAAAAGCAAAAGCCUCCGUAAAGACAACGAAGAGCAAGUGGGUGAGACCAACACAUUGGCUGCAACAGAAAAUUCGCAUUCAUGUCUGGACUCAAGUGCUUGGGAGCAAAGUACAGGAAUGGAAUGUCAUGGCACAGAAUGUCAAGAGGUUGAACUCCGGAAAAUGUUUGCCAUCAAGUUGGUGAGAGAGGCAAUCGAGAAAAUUCUUCUUCCUGAACUACAAGACCAGUCAUCUGAUGAUCAAUCAGUUACUAGUGAAAUAACUUCAGACCAAGAGGUGAUAGAAAAGAGCCACAGCGAAGGUGGGGAGCAGAACGUUUCAACUCCCAUCGAUUCUGCUAGAGAUGGUUCCAUGGAUCGCAACAGCAAUAUGGUCAGGGAUAAUGUGUCAUUCAGUCAACAAGGGACAAGUCUUACAACUACAAAUAUCUCAGAAUCAGAAAAUGAGAAAGCAGCAUCAAAAGCACAAUCCGAGAAGAAAACACCCAAGGGUUGGUCUAAUCUGAAGAAAUUGAUCCUUCUCAAGAGAUUUGUCAAGAAACUGGAGAAGGUGAAGAAAUUUAACCCAAAGAAACCAAGGCUUUUACAGUUAAAGCCUAGUGCAGAAGCUGAAGAGGUUUCUUUAAGGCAUCAAAUGAUGAAUGAGAGGAAAAACACAGAGGAGUUGAUGCUUGAUUAUGCACUUCAGAAGGUCAUAAGUGAACUGGCUCCAAAACAAAAACGAAAAGUGGCACUACUUGUGAAAGCAUUCGAAACAGUGGCUCCAACAUCUGGGACACCACAGAUUCAGGUGACGUAUCGUGAGUACAAAGAUACUAAUCCUGAAGGUUGCAGCGAAAGUGAACGGGAUAAGUGUGAUUCUGAACUCAUGGAAGCAAAAAAAGAAGCCGAGGAUAUUGUCACAUCUAAUCUCGAUAUAGGGCCUAUUCAAUCUACCAUCACCAAAGAGAAGUCUAACGUUGCCAAGGAUAAAGAUGUGCAGGAAGCAAUACAUGAAGAUCGGGUGACAACUUUUUGCUCGGAGAUUCUAAAAGAUGGUUCUGAAUCGACUAGUAGAAACACGAAGCUUGAUGAGCAAUUGAUGGCUACCAAAGAAAAGAAGAAAGGAUAUCCUGAAACAGAUUGCACUACCGCAGUAGACUCCAAGACCCAGUUGGACAAACAGAAACAUAUCAGUAUGUGGCACCUGUUAUGUCAACACGUUGUAUCAGAUAUUGCCACGAAAGUUGAAAGCCAGCUCCCUGCUGGAGAGGAUGAAGAUGAACAGGUAGAUAGCCCCAACCCCAAGACAAGUCUUUUGAAAAAUGGUUCAUUUGACAAUGAAGGCUCAAGAGGUCAGAGAAUUGGAUUCAGCCAGAGGGAUGCUGUUAAGCUUGUGCGAGAAGCAAUAAAGGAAAUCCUUUCUCCAGAAGUUAACGAUGACUCAUCUGAUUCUCAAUCAGUUGCUAGUGACAUUAUCACGGAGCAGGAGCUUCCAGAAACGAAUCAUGGCAAUGUUGAAGAUUCAAGCAUUGAAACUCCAAUAUAUUCUCCCAAAGAUGGUAGACAAUACAGAAAAACUGAAGAGAAAGAAAAAGAAAAUGGGCUUGCAGCUGAUAAUAUCCCUACCUCGGAUGAAGAGAAUACAGUAUCACUGGAGGGAAACAAAUCUGACCAGGAAAAGCUCAAAAACUGGAGCAAACUGAGAAAGUUAAUGCUUCUGAAAAGAUCGAUGAAGGCACUGAAAAAAGCUAGGAAGCCAAAUUUACGGGCAACACAGAGUCUACCGGUGAAUCUUGGCAAAGAAGAAGAAAAGGUCGAUCUAAGGCACCAAUCAAUGGCGGAGAAGAAAAAAGCGGAGCAAUGGAUGCUUGAUUAUGCGGUUCAACAUAUUGUCACUAAACUAACUCCUGCUCGGAAAAGACGAGUGUCUAUGCUAGUGGAAGCUUUUGAAGCAGUUGUUCCACUGCCUGAGGCUUAAGGUUGAACGAUGAGAAGCUAUUGAGGACGUCUGAAGGGCUCAAACUUAAUCGAAUUGGAUGGUUUAGCUGCAUAUUUCUUGGGGAGGAAUUCUCGAACAGAGAGACUACUGCCUUCAUCAGAGCUAUUAAACUGUAGUUUCUGUUUUGGAUGUAGCCAGAUAGCAGAUUUGGGUAAGUUGUAGAUUAAAAGCAAAAACAGAAAGAAAAAAAAGAGAGAGAGAGAGGUACGCAUAGGUAAAAGAGUUCCUUUGGCUUUCGAAGUCCUAGGGACGUUAGGAUUGAGGAGAGCAAAUACAAUAAGUUUUCAAAGAUUCCUUUGUAUAAAGUUAUCUGUUGUAUAGAUUCUUCACGACGCUGUUGUGUAUCUUAAGCGAUUGUUGAUUGUGUG